AUGCCUAGCAACAACAUAGCUGAGCAAAUCGAACGUCUUUGGAAGGAAUUGGUGGUGAAGACCCCUGAAGUGCUGGUGGAUAAAGAGAAUCAAGGAAUUACAGGAGCAGAUAUAUAUGGGCCACGAACACUGUUUCCUUCUGCUGAUGUCCCAAUUCUUUUUCAACCCAUGUCCCGAGCGGAGCUUGAAAAGUACCCCAUUUUAGCAUCAAAACAGCCGAGAAUGAUGCACUACGACCCCGCCAUUCAAGGUGAAUCGCCAAAUGCACGGAAAACUUAUAUAUACCAAUGGGCCUACCAUUUAAUGAAUUGGGUGGAAGACUCCGUGGGUCAAUGCGGAGCAAGAGAAAACGCGAAAACUUUAGAUGAAGUACUAAUUAGGCGAAGAAAACUGAAAAACAUAUACUGGCCCGAUCCGUUCUAUCUAGGCUGCGAGCUGUUUGGGGCAUACCCUUCCGUUCACGACCAUUGGGGAGCAAUUCUUCGGAUCGAGCCAGAUAUGGUUGAUGGCCACCGUAUCUAUCCCCAUCUUACCAUUGGCCUAGCUCUAUCGCAUUGCGGGAAAGAGAGCUCCAUGCUCUACGAGGAACUCGCAGUGAUUAUAUCUGCUAUGCAAUGCCGGGCUCUUCAGCCUCGGGUUCCAGAAGAUAAGGCUUUGUUUGAGGAGGAUAUUGAGACUAUAAAGUCCAUGCCUCGGGAGUUUGGGGAUGAAAAGACGUUUCCCCUUCUCCUUCUGUCAUUUCCGGGUCCCCAGAAUUUCCGUUAUUUUCAUGUCUGUAUGCGUGGGACUCGGAUGCUUAUUCUACAGUCUAAGCUGUACAGCUUUGAAAAAAAGGAGACUGCGCCGAUUGAGCUUCUAGUACGGUUGGCAAUGAGCCAGCCGUUAUCAGAGAAUUAACACCAGGUCGCAAGGAAAUGUACUUGCUGCACCCUCAGGUCGAAAAGACCGAGAAAAUCUUUCAUGCUCAGAUCGAUAAGACCGAGACUUAUGAUAUCAAAACAAAUUGUACAAUCCAUACCCAAUGCCUUAAAGAAGGAAAUUGCUGUCUCCCUACCAAUGAGUGCACCCAGUUUCUGGACUUUACACACCGCAAACGCAGAGAAGAAGAAGAAGGACUGCUUCUGCUUUUCUUCUCUUCUGAUGUCAACAUAAAUGAUCUAUUCAAUGGAUGAUAUGAUGCAAGACACCACCAUAUGAUUCCACUCCUCUAGAUCCUCUGUGUCCAUAACUGGUUGCACUACUCGUGAAAGGCAAGCACGGCAGCUUUCCGACAGUUGCAACCCCCUGGUUGCGACGAAUCUAACAGUGUCGCCGGUCCCCGAUGAAAUGGCGAAGGAGUAUAACGAGCUAUCAGCUGAAAAAAUCGAGU